GAUCAUCUGCUUCUUCAGUCUUGAUUUCUGAUUUUUGGUCGCAAUUUUGUUUGUUGAGCUGGCAAAUGGGUAGGUGAGUUCAGUUCUCUGUUGCAUCUGGGCUCUGAUUUCGCUUGCUGAUAAUUGCUGGUCCUGUUUGAAUUUGUUCCUUGCCUUUUGCUUCUGAAGUUUGUUGCGUCUCGUUUUCGUUUUCUGAAGGAUGAAGUUAGCAUAAUUUUUCAAUUAUUGGACAGUGCACUGUCAAUCGCUAAUUUAGUUUUUUCUGAAGGAAGUCACUUGGGUAUUGCUAAUGUACGGUGCCUGUCUUUGCAAUGCGAAGUUAAUGUUUCCGCUUACCUGGUCUUACCCGACUGUUAAUCUGCAGUGGUUGGGGGAAAGAAAAACUUGUUAGAAAGUGGAAAUGAGCUUCCUUCAGCUCAUGUUUAUCUGUUCUUAAGGCUUUCAGAUUUGUGAUUGAUUCCCAUUUUUUGUUCUCUAUGGAAUUCUUACACAAUUGCCUGCUUGAGCUGUUAACUUCACCAGUUUGGAAUGUGUGCCCGCUCUGCAUGCAUGUCUGGAAUGUCUUUUUUGGGGAGAUCUUUACUCUGCAAAUGCCGCGCAGGGCUUCAGAUUUUCCAAGGGAUUGUGAUGGUGCGUGUCUUCAAAUGAGAUUGUCAUAUAGUGCAGCUGCACAUCUGUUGCUUUUUCUUGUGCAAUGGACAGACUGCCACCUUGCUGGUGCCCUUGGGUUCUUAAGAAUUCUUAUUUAUAAGGUUCAUGUCGAUGGCACGACAACCAUGUCUAUUCAUGAAAGAAAAGCAAGUAUCAGAGAGUUCUAUGCUGUAAUUUAUCCAUCUUUGAUGCAACUUCAGAGAGGCAUUACAGAUGCUGAAGAGAAAAUGCAGAAGGCAGUAUGCAUGGAGAGAUACUGCAAGAGAGAGGAAGAGGAACAUACACAGCACUCAGAUGUAGAUACUGAAAGGGAAGACGAAUGUGGAAUAUGCAUGGAGUUGAAUAGCAAAAUAGUACUGCCUAACUGCAACCAUGCUAUGUGCUUGAAAUGCUACCGUGAUUGGAGAAUGAGAUCGCAAUCAUGCCCUUUCUGUCGCGACAGUUUGAAGAGAGUGGACUCUGGUGACCUCUGGGUACUUACUGACACCAGGGACAUAGUGGACAUGCAGACAGUAACCAGGGAGAAUCUUAGGAGUCUCUUCAUGUACAUAGAUAAGUUGCCAGUGAUAAUUCCUGAUACCCUUUUUGACACCUAUGAUUCUCACCUCAGGUGAAUGGCACAACUUGAGCUAGUUCUUUGCACAGUUUUCUUUUGAUUUCUCCCCUUAAUAACCAAUUCAUGGUUGGUAAGUUGUGGGCUGGAUGGCCUUAAGUUCAUUGCAAUUCUAUGUAUAAACUCCUUGCAAGAUGAACUUAGCACUUGUGUAUACAUGUUUGUAUAGAUUGAACUUCCUUGAAAUGUGCGUACCUUUCGAUUUUAA